AUGCAAUCAGUUAUAGAAUCUGCAACACAAAAUCUUGACACACAAAAAGAAGACAUAAUCUUUUCAAAUCUUUCCCUAAGACUAGCAACUGAUAUCAUAGGAGAUGCAGCAUUUGGAGUCAACUUUGGUCUCUCUAAGGCUCAAUCAAUUUGUGAAUCAAUGAACAAUGUUAACAAUGUAGAACAUUCAAGUACUAGUAAUGAUGAAGUAUCAAAUUUCAUCAAUCAACAUAUUUACUCCACAACACAACUUAAGAUGGAUUUGUCGGGUUCAUUUUCGAUUAUAAUUGGCUUAAUUGCUCCAAUUCUUCAAGAGCCAUUUAGGCAGAUUCUUAAGAGAAUACCAGGCACUAUGGAUUGGAAAAUGGAAUGUACUAAUAGAAAUUUAACCGGUCGUCUUGACGAGAUUGUUAAUAAGAGAAUGGAAGAUAAGAAUCGAAGAACUUCAAAGAAUUUCUUGUCGCUUAUAUUGAAUGCAAGAGAAUCAAAGAGUGUGUCCGAGAAUGUGUUUUCGUUCGAUUACAUAAGCGCGGUUACUUAUGAACAUUUACUUGCUGGAUCAGCUACAACAUCUUUUACUUUGUCAUCUGUUGUUUAUUUGGUUGCUGGUCACAUAAAUGUUGAGAGAAAAUUGCUUCAAGAGAUUGAUGAGUUUGGAACACAUGAUAGGAUACCUAAUGCUAAAGAUCUUAAUCAAAGUUUUCCUUAUCUUGAUCAGGUGAUUAAAGAGGCAAUGAGGAUUUACACUGUCUCUCCAUUGGUUGCAAGAGAAACAUCAAAUGAAGUAGACAUAGGAGGUUACCUUCUCCCAAAGGGAACAUGGGUAUGGUUAGCACUUGGAGUUCUAGCAAAAGACUCAAGAAACUUUGCAGAGCCAGAGAAAUUCAAACCAGAGAGAUUUGAUCCAAAAUGUGAAGAAAUGAAAAGAAGGCAUCCUUAUGCAUUCAUACCAUUUGGAAUUGGUCCAAGAGCAUGUAUUGGCCAGAAAUUUUCAUUGCAAGAGAUCAAACUUACUUUGAUUCAUUUAUAUAGAAAAUAUGUAUUUCAUCAUUCACUUAGCAUGGAAAAACCUAUAGAACUUGAAUAUGGUUUAGUUCUUAAUUUCAAGCAUGGUGUCCAGCUCAGAGUAAUAAAAAGAGCAUAA